CUGCUUGAUGAAGACGUCCACUAAACGGUCAUCCGCAGCCCCGUUGGCAAAGCCAGGGGGCCGUGAGAGAGUGUCUAGCAGAAAGAAAGAGCCAUACUGUCGUUUACCACUCGAUAUCGCGGAGGACAGGAGACCAGAAAAGAAAAGUGUGUUGCCUGCAACCUCUCCUACCCCUCUUCCAAAGUCUCCUUCCUUCAGCUUCUCCUUUGGCUCUGACAUGAACAAUGAGCUAUUCUCAAUGGUGGACAAAAUCUCAUUCGAACCCACCUCCAGUACACCAAUGCUCCCAGACAGGGGUACGCAUGGACACGGAGCAGCUUUAGCUCUCUUUCGGCCAGAGUGUGGUGGCUCCAUCAUUUCUUCUUCACCAUUUAGUCCGAAACUGGAGAGAAAUUCUGUGCUGCGCUCAACAGCGUCUCUACAUAGUGUCCCGUCGUUUAUGACAACUCCAUCUAAGAUAGACCCAAAGGAAAAACUAAGGUUGACACAGUGGGGAAUCCCCCAGCCGGUCCUGGAGCAGUACUCAAAGCGAGGCAUUGUGAGCAUGUACCAGUGGCAGGCCGACUGUCUCAUGCUACCAGGGGUCCUCCAGGGCCACAACUUAGUCUUCUCUGCCCCCACUAGUGCUGGUAAGACCUUCAUUGCUGAGCUACUGGCCCUCAAGUGCGUUCUCGAGACACGGAAGAAGGUUGUCAUUAUUCUCCCGUUUGUCAGCAUUGCCCACGAAAAAGCAAACUAUCUUCAGAGCAUUUUUGAGCCAAACGGAGUAAAGGUGGGAGGGUUUAUGGGUGGGUAUUCUCCAGCAGGGGGAUUUGCUGGGGUCGACAUAGCCAUUUGCACGAUUGAGAAGGCCAACAGCUUAAUCAAUCGUCUUCUGGAAGAGGGAAAGUUGUCCGAGAUUGGUGCCGUGGUUGUCGACGAGCUUCACAUGAUUGGCGAUUCUCACAGGGGCUACCUCCUCGAGCUCCUUCUCACCAAACUCUUGUACAUUUCUAAAAGGAGUAGAGUAUCAACGUGGGAGGGAGCACGGAGGGAGUGUGAGGUGGUGGAAGGUGGUAGGAACGAGAUCCAGAUCAUAGGGAUGAGUGCCACUCUACCCAACCUGGACACUCUGUCAGAGUGGCUGGACGGUCGGCUCUACUCCACUGAUUUCAGACCAGUCCCCCUGCAGGAGAUGGUCAAAAUGGGGUCCGCACUGUUUGAUACCAACUUCCAGAAGAUCAGGGAACUCUCGAGUAAUGAAGAGUCCUCUAACGACGAGGAUGACAUCAUUAAACUUUGUGAAGAGACGGUGAGAAGCGGACAUUCGGUGCUGGUAUUUUGCCCCACGAAACAGUGGUGCGAGACUCUUGCAAAAAGAAUAGCAGCUGCUCCCUUCCUUACACACAGUACAAGUGCCAGAGGAACUGUACACAGGAAAGAAGAAACUUCAAGCUUUUGUCUGAAGUCUGCAGCCUUGUUGGGAGUGCUGGACCAACUGAGAAGAACGCAGGUUGGCCUCGACGGGAUAUUGGAAAAGACGGUCCCGCAUGGAGUUGGGUUCCACCAUGCUGGGCUCACCUUUGACGAGAGAGAGAUCGUCGAGGGUGCGUUUCGGCAGGGGCUACUGCGUAUCCUUGUGGCAACUUCGACCCUGUCAUCUGGAGUUAAUCUCCCUGCUCGACUUGUGAUAGUCAGAAGUCCUUUCUUUCAAAAGUCUUUGUUGGACGUUCUCGUGUACAAGCAGAUGGUGGGGAGGGCAGGGAGGAAGGGGGUGGACGAGAAAGGGGAGAGUGUCUUAAUUUGUAAACCUAACGAGAAACAAAAAGUAAGUAGCCUCUUCCUCUCAACCCCUGCUCCUGUUACAAGCUGCCUGGACGUAGAGAGGAGGAAGGAGAGGGGGAAAUCUGGCGAAGUAAUACCUAUCAGAAGAGCUAUUUUGGAAGUAAUAACGAGUGGUAAAGCCACCACCCAGACCGAAGUAGAGACUUAUUUCAACUGCACCCUUCUGUUUGCCGAGAUGAAGAAGAAGGUCUCACCGCAGGCUGACCCCCUUUCCCUCUCCAAGAAACUGGUGUGCACAACUGUGGAUUACCUCAUAGAGAAUGAGUUUAUUGGAGUCAGGAACCAACCUGCAUCAAGCAAAGGCGUACCUACUACAUCACUCCAAGUUGGCAGUGGAAGGGAGUUCCAUGCAACUCAGUUGGGGGCAGCAACGGUGGCCUCUGCCCUCUCCCCCGAAGAGGCUCUGGUGGUGUUGUCUGAACUGAGGAAGGCACGACACUGCUUUGUACUGGAGAGUGAACUUCACAUCAUCUACCUGGUAUGUAAAUAUAGUCCUUAA